AUGAAUAUCCAAGCUUUUCCAUGGAUUCUUUGGCAUUUGUGGAAGUCAAGGAAUGGCCUGGCCUUUGAAAGGAAGCACUACUCUUCGGUCUCUGUUCUAACAAAAGCGAAGGAGGAAGCACACGUUUGGUUCGAGAUCAAUGCAUCAGGAUCUGACGAGGUCCAAACCUCUUUGGUGGUGCCGCGAGACCCCGCAGCUUGGAUUAAACCCCCUCCAAGUCAUCUAAAAUGGACAAGAGAGGAAGCUGAGCUGAGAGCUAUCAACUGGGCGGUCUGUGAUAUGGUGUCCACUCGCCAACAGAAGAUCAUAUUCGAAUCUUCAUGUGUGUUGGCUAGAGACAUACUCAUUGCUCCUUCUGAGUUUUCUGAGAUGGGUCAUUUUACAAAUGACAUUCAUUUUCAUCUCAGUGCACUACAGGAGUGGAGCUUUCAUCAUUGUGAGCAAAAGAGAAAUGUUAUUGCUACAAGUGUAACUACUGAUCAUCGGUAUCACUCAUACAUUGUUCGUGGCGGUCCAACCUGGUUGUUGCAGAGGAUUGAGAAUGAAGCACUGACCUAA